AUGAUCAAGACAGUAAUUUUGCUGGUUUGCGCUGCCCUUCUUUUGGCAUUCGCGGGAGCCAAUCCUGACCCUGAACCCGGUUUUCGGGGACACGGAGGUUUCGGGCACGGUGGGUUCGGACAUGGAGGAUUCGGACACGGCGGAUUCGGAGGCUUCGGACAUGGCGGAUUUGGACGUGGAUUCGGACACGGAGGAUUCGGAGGUUUCGGACAUGGUGGGUAUGGUCGCUGA